AUGGGGCUAGACAAACACGUGAGCGGUCGUCGUUGUCUGCAAAGCCGACGUUCUCGAAUCAUUUUGGGGGUCUUUGUUUUUAUUGCCAUUCUCGCGGUCGUUAUACCUCCGGCAGUCGUGGUCACCCUACGCAAGAAGAACAGCAUGGGCCCUAAAGCUAACAUCUUCGUCCCUCUCUAUGUGUACCCUGCCCCUGGUGCCUGGGAUCCAUUGGAAGCAGAGAUCUCUUCACAUCCGGAGGCCAACUUUACCGUUGUGAUUAACCCAGCCAGCGGCCCCGGGCCCGAUGCCCUGCCCGAUGCUAAUUAUACCCGCGAGAUUCCCAAGCUCGCCUCUUAUGACAACGUGCGUCUCUUGGGUUAUGUUCCUACAACCUGGGCUAAACGCAACAUCUCGGCCGUGCGUCGCGACAUCGAAACCUACGCAGAGUGGCCGACCAACAGUUCGAACCCUAAGCUUGCGGUUCGGGGUAUAUUCUUUGACGAAACACCCCAACAGUAUGAUGCCGAUGCGUUGUCAUAUUUGCAAGGGCUCAGCUCAUUCGUGAAAGGCCUUUCUGGCCUUGGUCCAGACAACUAU